AUCAAAUUCAUCAAUUCCAAAUCAAAGCAAGUACCAUUCCCUCCAAAGUCGAAUCGUUUCGAUAACCUAUUCAGAGAAAACUUCAAGUAUCAGAAAUGGAGACCACCAAGGCAACCAAGGGAGCCGGAGGAAGGAGAGGCGGCGACAGGAAGAAAUCCGUGACGAAGUCCGUUAAGGCUGGGCUUCAGUUCCCCGUCGGUCGUAUCGCUCGUUUCCUGAAGAAGGGAAGAUACGCUCAGCGAACUGGUACCGGUGCUCCGGUCUACCUCGCUGCCGUGCUUGAAUAUCUCGCUGCUGAGGUUUUGGAAUUGGCUGGAAAUGCAGCCCGUGACAACAAGAAGAACAGGAUCAAUCCAAGACACGUUCAAUUGGCUGUGAGAAACGACGAAGAGUUGGGAAAAUUACUUCACGGUGUUACCAUUGCCAGCGGUGGUGUUCUUCCCAACAUCAACCCAGUUUUGCUACCAAAGAAAUCUAAGGCUGCUGAAGCUGAGAAGCCCGCACCCAAGUCUCCGAGAAAGGCCUAAAUUCUAAAAAGAAAAGAACAGGAAAAACACUAGCCUUGAGAUAAACUAAUCUUAUUGUUAUGCAAUGUAGUUUGGUUAUUCAUUUAGGUUUUGUUUUUUCCUUAUUUUUCUUUUUAUUAUUUUUAUUUUCCUGUCUUGGUGCAAAUAUGUAGCUAUUUUAGAAAUUUCUACUGGAUAAUGGAAAUUUACUCAUUUUCAUUCA